CUAGCUGUUGUUUCUAAAGCACGCGCGGCUUUGUACUUUAUUCAAAAAAAUGAAUUUGCCGGUUCGCAAGUGCUAUCAUGCGGCAAAAGUAACUUUCUUUCUUAUAUUAGUUGUGACAAUAUUGAGUUUAUUCGAACAUUGGCGCGGAGGGAAACGAUCAGCUGGUGCUCAACUUUACGAUCCAGAAGAAGAAUAUGAAAAAGAAAUUCUGGAAGAUGAGGCUCGUAUUAUUACUGGCCUAGGAGAAGGCGGUGUAGCCGCACAUUUGAUCGGUGAAGCGAAACGUCUAGGCGAGGAGUCUGAGAAGAAAUUGGCUAUAAACGUUUACUUAAGUGAUCGAAUUGCUUACAAUAGAACUUUAAAAGAUUACCGCAACCCAGCGUGCCAGAGAGUUGUAUACGACGCAGAACUGCCAUCUGCCUCUGUUAUACUAAUAUUCCACAAUGAGCCCUACUCUGUAGUGAUUCGUACGAUAUGGAGCGUUCUGAACAGUGCGCGCAGAGACAACCCGUGGUACGCUAAGGCAAAUUAUAUAAACAGGGAAACUGGAGACACGAUGAGGUUGGGUUACCCUGGUCAAGACGAAAAGUCCCCGUACGUGUAUCUCAAGGAGAUAAUCUUGGUGGACGAUAACUCUACUCUACCAGAGCUGAAGGGUAAACUUAGUCAUUACGUGCGCACGCGCCUACCGCCAGAUCUCAUACGUAUAUUGAGAUUACCGGAUCGUGUGGGUUUAACGAGAGCUCGACUGGCGGGCGCGAGGUACGCGGCAGGCGACGUGCUAGUGUUUCUAGACUCGCACUGCGAAGCUCAAAUCGAUUGGCUGAGGCCACUCCUGCAGAGAGUCAAAGACUUCCCUCACGCUGUGGUCGUACCGAUCAUUGAUGUCAUCGAAGCUUCAAACUUCUACUACAGCGUCCAAGAUCCUGUCACGUUUCAGGUGGGAGGUUUCACGUUUAUGGGACAUUUUACCUGGAUCGAUGUGCCGGAACGGGAGAAGAAAAGACGGGGCUCCGACAUAGCACCUACUUGGUCACCAACAAUGGCCGGUGGUUUGUUCGCCAUCAACCGAGCGUACUAUUGGGAGCUGGGAGCUUACGACGAACAGAUGGCCGGAUGGGGGGGCGAGAACUUGGAAAUGUCCUUUCGGAUCUGGCAAUGUGGAGGCACUCUGGAGACGAUCCCGUGCUCUCGCGUGGGUCACGUGUUCCGCAGCUUCCAUCCCUACGGCCUGCCCGCUCAUACCGACACUCACGGUAUAAACACGGCGCGUAUGGCGGAGGUGUGGAUGGACGAUUACGCGGAACUGUUCUACCUGCAUCGACCUGAUUUAAGGAAAAACCCCAAGAUCGGCGACGUGACCCACCGCCGCAUCCUCCGCGAGAAGUUGAAGUGCAAGAGCUUCCGGUGGUACCUCGACAACGUGUACCGCGAGAAGUUCGUGCCCGUGAGGGACGUGUUCGGGUUCGGGCGGUUCCGCAACGCGGGCAGCGGGCGCUGCCUGGACAGCCUGCAGCGCGAGGGGGAGGCGGCGGCGCUGGGCGUGUACGCGUGCCACGCGCGCCUGCAGCCCACGCAGCACUUCGCGCUGUCGCUGCGCGGGGAGCUGCGCGACGAGGAGAAGUGCGCCGAGGUGCAGUACGCCAGGAACACUGGUGAGAUGGGCGAGGACGUGAGCAGACGGGUUUUGAUGGUGACGUGCCACGGGAAACAACGAGGACAGAAGUGGCGCUACCUGCCCAGCCGGCAGCUGCAGCACGUGGACAGCGGGCUGUGCCUCAGCGUGGGCGUGGGCGAGGAGGCGCGCGCGCGGCGCUGCCGCCGCUCCGCCGCCCAGCUGUGGGACAUCGACUACAGCGAGCUCAACGACUUCCAUCUCGACGAUAACCCGGAGUUGAGCGAACAAGAGAUUAAACUGCGAAAACUUAGAGGACAGAGACGAGUCUCCCGAUCCCUCCUCUAUCACGAGGAACCUAAUUCCACCCGCCGUCACAAGCACAAGCACAGGAACAAGCACAAGAAGAGUAAGAAGAACAAGUUCAUUAUGAAGCUGGUGCGCGACGCCAACAAUACCGAGGAACACCUGGAGGUGGACGUCUACUGCAAGCACAGGAGGCUGUACCCGAACAAUACAUUCGUCAGGGACCUGGUGACCAUCCUCAAUGAGAAGGAUAUUAAGGUGGUCAACAACGGUCGCGUGUUCGAACACAAUAAGGUGUCGUCCCUGGUGAAGAGAGAACGUGACCACACACCCGAGCCCCGUCACGAGGAGCAGUCCGCGAAAUCACAAAUUAAACGGAAACGCAAGAAGCCAAAGAUCCAACCGCUCGAGGGCGCGACCGCCGUCGACGUCGCCAACAUCGCCGACAUCGUCGACAUCGCCAACGCCGUCGACGUCGAGCCCCCCCCGCACGACCAGAAGAUCAUCAUCGAGGACUUCGUGGAGGUCACGCCCAAGGCCACCACUCACCGAGCGGCGAAGAAACGAAAGCGUCCGCGCAUCCGCGGGCCCCGCGGGGGGGCCAGCGCCGCGCCCACCACAGUCGCCGACUGGGAUAACUCGAUGCGCGGGGACACCGGGGCGUCGGCGGAGGCCGCGGAGGGCGCUCCGAUGCUGGCCAGCGCCGAGGGGCGGGACGACACCAGCGAGAACUGGCACGUUGGCAAGUCCAGCUUCCGUCGGAAUAACACGCACAGAACAGAGCACAGGCGGGGCUCCGAGCACGGGUACGCGUCGGAUGAGGUUGCAAGUGGUACGACAGUCGUCGCGCCGGUGAAGGUGGUGAUGAGAAGCAAUCUCACCUUCAACUUCGGUGACGAGUUCUUCCGCUGGAGGAAGCGCACUGCGGACGAUGUCGCUAAUCUGCUCGGCGAGCUCAUGAUCCCGGCGAGCACGUUCACACCCGUCCGCAAUCGCGCUGCCACGGACGCAGAACACGAACAGAGAGAGAGCGAGCGAGACGGAGACACGACGAGUGAGAAGGACAAGGAGAUGACGUUGUCGGGCCGGACUGACGGCGACUCGUCCGAGUCCGACAGCGCGAGUUCGGAUUGAUAUUUUUAUUUGUUGACGAUAUUAAAAAAACACUUGAUUAAUUUAAGUUGUAUUAAUUUUUAGUAAAAAUGUAUAUAUUUUAUUUAAAUUAACGCAGUUGUUCAUUAUAUUUAUUUUAUAAAAACAAAUUAU